AUGCUUUUCAAAAUCCUGCCCAGUGCCUCCCUAGGCCUGGCUGUUUUCACUGCAGCCUGCGCCCAAAACAUCAGCACAAACGCCCCUAUUGUCACAGACAACGAGCCCGUAUCUGCGCACCACGCUUCCCUUCUGCCAAAAGAUAACACGACCGUGUACGGCGGUAUCACAAUCACCUCGCGGUUGAGUUCGCCUGCUCUUGCGGUGGACGUGUAUAUUGGUGGAAUCCCGGAGGGCCAGUAUCUGAACUAUCAUAUCCACCGCGCCCCCGUCCCGGCCGACGGGAACUGCUACUUGACUGGCGGGCAUUUGGACCCCUAUGGCCGCGGUCAGCAGCCCCCCUGCAACAUGACGGCGCCGAAUACCUGCGAGGUUGGCGAUUUGAGCGGAAAGCAUGGCGUUGCGUGGGCGCCAAGAGGAGAGGUGUUCCGGGCAAGUUACAGUGAUUUCUUCCUCGCAAAUACACCCGGGGCGGAGGCGUACUUCGGUGAUUUGUCCUGGGUCGUGCAUGCGCCUAAUGGUGAUCGCUUGACCUGCGGAAAUUUUGAAGUACUGGUUGCUGCUGGGGGGGCGGGGGACUAUGAGGAUGAUGACGAGGAGCUUGAAAGGCGAUGGAAGGCGUAA